AUGACCACGUCGGACUCGUCCCUGGGUGUUUUCAUGCAGAUGUUUAUUGUGUCACCCACUAUCUCUUGGAUUCUAAAACCUGGCCGCUACUCAAAGCGUCGUGGCUUGAUCUACGCCGUUUCUGCUCUCGUCGCUAUUGCUGCCAUCACAAUCGGUAUGGACGUCUAUGACCAAAAAGAGAAUUUCUAUUAUAUGGUGGGUAUCGGGCGUGACGCGUCAUUUGCGGACAUCAAGCGCGCGUUCCGUCAACGUUCCGUAGAACUUCAUCCGGAUAAAAACCCAUCCCCUACUGCCACGGAAGAAUUUAAUCGUCUUCGAUUGGCCUUUGACAUUCUGGGAGAUGCGAACAAGCGUCCACUAUACGAUGUAUACGGUGAAAAUGCAGUGGAAAAGGACCUAUGGGUCAUCCAAAUUGAGACGCUCGCGGGCACGCUAACGUAUUACGCCAUGUGGGCGGUGCUGACGUUCAUCAUGACGCUCAGUGAAACGGCCCGUGACGCACGUGCGUGGUCUUUGGCUGCUGGUGUCCUCUGUUUUGUACUGGAGCUUAAUUUCAUCUAUGGUGGUGCUCGUUUGCCGUCCUUUUUCUUUCCCAUGAUGACGAUCCACGACUUUGUUGCAAUCAUGCAUACGGCGUUCCCACUUUUUAUGAACGGAUGUCGUGCAAUUGGUGGAUAUUUUCACUAUGACGUGGCUCAAGAGAAUUUGAAAUUAAGUGUCGAGUUACUUAAAAGUAAUCAGGCUCUUUUGCUGAGCAUGCGUCAAUUGCAAGGAGAAGUUGCCUCGUCUUCCCGUCGCCGCCCGGAGGUUGUGAAGGACGAGACAAUUGCUGCUGCUGCGAGGAGACGCUUGAAAAUGGAAAAACAUCCGGUUGUUUCGUUAGGUGCUGCCCUCACACCCGAUGAAAGAGCUGCUGCACUUGAAGAACUUCGUGAUAUUGCAAUUCCAGAGCCUCAAGUAGAGAAUAAAGGCAAUGGGUUAGGAAUUCCACGAUGGGUGUGGGCUGUCGCUACUUACUUUGCGCUCAACUACCUGUUCAGCAAUUAG